UUUGUGUUUCAAUCUAAUGCACUAUAUAUAUUUUAUGGCCGUACGGGGAAUCAAGUAUCCAAAACUCGCCACAAAAUUACGAGACAGUCCUGUUUGUACGAUCUUUUGCGGUAACCAUUUUUCUUGGCUUGCAUGACACAUUUUAUUGAACCUAAAAAUUUGCAAGGGCGAUUUCAUGAGGUAUUGUUCAAAUAAUUGGGUAUAAAAAUGGUCAUAAAAGUCCAAAGUUCUACUCUCGAAGACUUUUUUUUAAUAAAAAAAGCAUCAACACUUUAUCAUGCAGUUCACUACCGUAAUUUUAGCAGCUUUGAUUUCCUUGGCUUCAGCAACCGAGAUUUCCAAGUUAAAUGUUGAGCACUUGGCACAAAUCACAAAAAAGGAUGCAUGCUCUGGAGUUUGCCAAGAUGUCGGUAAUGAAUUACUUCAAUGCUUCCCUGACUAUCCUGACUAUGAAAUUACCGAGGUAUCUAAAUGUGUUUGCGGGUUGGAUGACUCUUUCUUUCCCAAGUUCACCAACUGUGUCCAAAACUGUGAUCAGUUCCAAUUCGGUGGUCUUGGUCAGUCACAGUUAGAUGAUCCUAAAGAUGUAAAGCAAACUUUUUGUAAUCUUGCUGGUGCCGAUUCUGGUGACGAUUCUGAAGAAGAUUCCCCAGCUGUGACUACUUAUUCCAACGGAAAUCAUACUGAUAGCCCAACUCAUUUCACAAAUGUAUCAAAUAAUACCCAACCUGCAACCACAACUGCAACCAAAUCUAAAAAUGGAGCCACUGCUUUAGGUGCUUCAUUCGCUGUUUUAGUAGGGAUUGCCUUGCUCUAAUUGAUCCACAAAUAGCUUUUUUUCAUGUAAUAAACAAAUCUUUAUAGUUCAAUCUAAUCAAACUUUGUAAUCGUUGCAACGCUUGACGUAUAAACGUUUUCCUGGGACAACACUUCUAGAAAUUGUGUGCGGUCAAAUAAUUUGCAACAAAAUUUUCCUAAAUUUUCUCAAAUUCCCCAAACUUUUUAAAUCCGAAAAUAAACAAUGAUCCAACACAAGAAAACACUUGGUAAGUAUACACCUUUACUUUGCUAAUUUAAGCCGGCUAGUGAUAGCUAAUUGCUCUUGAGAUCUUGAUUACAAGAAAAGAAUCAAUUAUGACUGUUUGAUAGCGCCGAGGGCCGAACGGGCUCUAAUAAUUAUUAAUGGUUGUCCCUC